GAUUCACGAUUUGUUUUGAUCAAACUACGUAGAAGGUAAUUUGCGGUUGAUUUAAAGAAAAAUACGUUUUCAGAGCACAAACAACUAGUAAAACAACGAAUAUACAUUUCAAAACCAGGAAUAGCUAUUUAACAUUCGAGCACGCUGACUUAUUUCCCAUACGACAUAGCUGCGACUAAGCCUUUGGAUGUGCUGUGCUGUUCGUUGUGCUGUGCCAACGAGCCACCAGCACCAGCGAUGAGCAGCCAGAGUCAUAAGAUGGCUGGUCCCCUUUUGUCAUCCGCAAAUAAACCAGGAAUUGAAGAAGUAGCCUUGACGGCACGUUUCAGUGAACAAAUGGCGCAACUCUGCAUGUCCCACGAUUAUUCCGACGUAACGUUCAUUGUUGAAAACGAAAAAUUACCGGCGCAUCGUGUAAUACUGGCAGCUCGCAGUGAAUACUUCCGAGCUCUGCUCUACGGUGGACUGUCCGAAACAAACCAAAAUGAAAUACAUUUGGAAAUACCCCUGAAAGCUUUCAAAGCACUAUUGAAGUAUAUCUACUCUGGUAAUAUGUCUUUAGCGCAAAUGAAAGAAGAAAAUAUACUGGAUACGCUUGGUUUAGCAAACCAAUACGGAUUCACUGACUUGGAAAUCGCUAUUUCGGAUUACCUACGGCAAGUUUUGUCUUUGAACAACGUUUGUGCAAUUCUGGAUGCUGCCAAAUUGUUUGGCUUGGAAGGUCUUACCAAUGUUUGUCAUUCAUUUUUGGAUCGCAACGCGGGAGAAAUUUUGCAACAUGAAACGUUUAAGAAUCUUUCACAAGAUUCGAUCUGCAGUUUGCUUGCACGAGACUCGUUUUUCGCACCUGAAGUUCAGAUAUUUCAAGCCGUAAAUGACUGGUGCAAGUGCAAUGGUGACGGGGCCAAUGUUGGGGAUGUUGUUUCGCAGGUACGUUUUUCGCUGAUGACAUUGGAACAACUGCUUCACGUUGUACGGCCGUCUGGUAUCUUGAAUCCGGAUCUUCUGCUGGAUGCAAUAGCUGAAAAAACGGCAUCUACGCAAUUGCCGUACAGAGGUGCCCUUUGGCCAGAGGAGAAUGUCGCUUGUAAGGAAUUCAAUUCACGCACUAUACAAGGCGAAUAUAGACCUGCUCUACUGGAUGGUGAUACUAAUUCGUACGAUAUGGACAAAGGUUAUACGCGCCAUUCAAUAAGCGAUACGCCAAAUGCACAAGGGAUUAUUGUCGAGCUGGGCAAAAUGUUUAUUAUCAAUCACAUAAAAAUACUCCUUUGGGAUCGAGAUUCUCGAUCGUAUUCCUAUUACGUGGAUGUAUCGGUCGAUCAGGCUAACUGGGAUCGGGUAGUAGAUCAUACGGAUUACUAUUGUAGAUCAUGGCAAUUUCUGUAUUUUCCAUCACGUGCCGUGCGCUACAUAAGAUUGGUUGGUACACACAAUACUGUUAACAAGAUAUUUCAUGUGGUUGCUCUUGAGGCAAUGUUCACCGAAAAAACUACUCCAGUUGUAAAUGGUAUCUUAGCGCCUAAUUUCAACGUGGCUACAGUAGAACGAAGUGCAACCGUGGUAGAAGGUGUAAGCCGAACCCGAAAUGUGUUGCUAAAUGGCGAUGUAAAGAACUAUGACUGGGAUUCUGGAUAUACCUGCCAUCAGCUUGGUAGCGGUGUAAUUUUGAUCCAACUCGGACAACCUUAUUGGGUUGGUUCCUUGCGAUUGCUGCUGUGGGACUGCGAUGACCGAUCAUACAGCUUUUAUAUUGAAACAUCUACUAAUUUAAAGCAGUGGGAUAUGGUCGUAGAUAAACGUAACGAGCUGCUGAAAUCUUGGCAGCAUUUUACAUUUGAUCCCAAGGUUGUGGUUUACAUCAAAAUAGUGGGAACUCACAACACGGCAAAUGAGAUAUUUCACUGCGUUCACUUCGAGUGUCCCUCACAAGAUCCCAAGUACGUGAAGAAUGAGUUACGUGAUGGAAUGCUGCUUUUAGGCCUAGCGGGAAAUUCUCUACAAUCGCCAUCAAACAGCGGGCUUUCUUUGUCAGCAGUUUCAGCCAACUUGAAUUCCGAAACCGCAGAUCCGCAACCUAGUACCAGUCGAGAGAAUACAGUUUGCACUCGAGAGUUGGUAGAUUAAAAAAGCAGUGUGUUGGCUUAAGCUUCCCUUAGCAAUUGCGCUACGUUAUAUAUUGACGAUAUUAAACCCAGAAAAAUAACCGUUUUUACUGGCCGACACAUUUACCCUUACGCUGUAUUCCGAUGGAUUUUAGUUUCGAACAAAACUAUUUCGAUCAAGCUGUUUGCCCAUUUCAUUGUGCUGAUCUGUCGGAAUGCAGGAGAAAGGGCGACUAAUUGCAAAUAAAAUACAUCACAGCUUAUUUAUUUAUGGUAUAACUUAUUAGUAAUCGAACUUGUAUCAACUAGAGAUGGAAAUAAAAUG